AUGAUCCUUUGUAAACCAACUCCAUUAGAAUUAAAUCAUCUUCAAGAUAAAGAACUUCUAGCUGGUCAAGAUUAUUUACGUUUACAUCCAGUCUCAGAUACUGUAUUUUUUAUAUUUACAAAAGGUAUAUUUGAUUAUGAACAGAUUCAAUAUGCUUCAUUAUUAAUUGAUUGUUAUGAUUUAGCUGACAUAGAUCUAUUCAAUAAAGUAAAUUUCACUUUACAACACUUUCAACAAAAGGAUCUAUUGAAAUAUCUAUAUCAAUUUCGUAUCACUAUAGCUAUCUCUGAUCAAAAUGAUAAUAUACCUAUAUUUAAACAAUCCAAAUAUUAUAUUAAAAUACCAGAACAUUUAUCAGAUGGUUCAUAUAUUACUGAAAUGAAAGCACAUGAUUUAGAUAAAGGUGAAUAUGGACAAUUAACUUAUCAAUUAAAAUCAAUUACAUUCAAUUAUAUUGAUGAUCAUGAUGAUCAUGAUCAUGAGGAAGAAGAUCCAGAUCAUUCGAAGUAUUCAAGACAUCCACAAGAAUAUAAACAACCAUUUGAAAUUGAUCCAUUCAAUGGUAUCAUUACAGUAUUACAUAAUCAUUUAUUAGAUCGUGAACAAAUUGAAUAUUUUUAUUUAAAUAUAUUAGCUAUAGAUAAAGGAAAUUUAACGACUCAUACACAAUUAAUUAUACAAUUAAUCGAUAUUAAUGAUCAUUUACCAAUAUUAUAUAAUAAUAAUCAUAUCAAUAUUGAUUUUCUUGAAAAUAAAAAAAUCAAUACUUUUAUUGAUUUUAUACAUUUAAUCGAUUUAGAUAAAGAUUCAAAAAAUUCAAUGAUACAUUUAUUAUUAGAUAAUAAUCCAUCAAUCAAUAAUCCAUCAAUCAAUAACCAAUCAAUCGAUAAUCAAUGUAAUCACUAUCUUAAAAUUAUACCUGAUAAAAAUUUUCAUUAUAAACAAAUCAAUAAAAAUGAAUUAAUUAAUGAAUAUGAAUUAAAAGCAAUAUUGAUUAAUCAAUUAAUUAUUGAUCGUGAAAAAAUCAAUAAAAUUUUUUAUCAAAUUAUUACAUAUAAUACUGAUAAUAAUAUGAAUAAUAUAAAAUCAAUAAAUAGUAUCACAUAUACAUUCACUAUAAAUAUAUUAGAUGAAAAUGAUAAUAUACCAUUAUGUAUAUAUCCUAUUUAUAAUAGUAUUAUUGGUGAUUAUGAUCCAGAUCCAGAUCAGGAUCUAGAUCAAGAUCAUUAUGAUCAUGAUCCAGAUCCAGAUCAUUCCAUAAUGAUUUAUACAAAUACACCAAUUUAUACAUUCGUUAUACAAAUCAAGGGUUAUGAUCCAGAUCAUGGCUUAAAUGGUACUAUAUUAUAUCAAUUAAAUUCAUUGACUAAUGGUAGUCAAUAUUUUUAUUUAAAUGAAUCUAAUGGUAAAUUAUAUACAAAUUGGUUCAUGGAUUCAGCAUAUGAUUCCACAAUGAUUAAUAUGGAUACGAAUCCAUCAUACGAUCCACCUAUUGAAGGGAUCUAUCAUAUCAAGAUAUCACUUAAAGAUAUGGGUAUACCAUCUUUAUCAUCAAAUGAAACACAAUUUUUUAUUAAAAUUCAUUCAUUUAAUCAAUCCAUAAUCAAUAAUCAAUCGAUAAUCGAUUCGAAUCAUAAAACAAUGAAAUUUUGGUUACAUAAUCAUCAUCAAUUUUUAUGGAUUUCAUUUAUUAUUUCAAUGAUAUUAUUGAUUAUUAUUAUAAGUAGUAUCAUGAUAUGGAUACAAUCUUAUUGUAAACAAAAAUUCAAUCAUCAUAUCAAUAAAACGGAAUGUAAUCCAAUUAUCAUAUCAACAACAACAACAACAACAACCAAAAAUCAUGAUCAAUCAUUAAAGAAACCAUAUCUAAUUGGUUGUUUAUCAACCAAUAAAAAAUAUCAAUAUUCAUCGAAAAUCGAUAAUAAUCAAUCGCUUUGGCCGAAUACAAAUAUCAUUCAUCAAUCAAUAAAUGAUCAUCUAAAUGUCAAUACUACUAUUAAUACUACUUAUAAUGAUCCAUUUCAUUACACAAAUCAUUUACAUACAAAAACAAUCUGUUCAUUACCUUUCUCAUAUGACACCGGUAACCAUAGCUACAACAAUAAUACUAAUGAUUAUUGCUACAAUAAUAAUAAUCAAUUGAUAGGACAAAAAUAUACUUCAUUCAAUACAUCAAAUCUAUCAACUAAUCAUUUGAAUAGUUCUAUGAAUGGGACAUUGAUAAAUGAACAUCUUAAUCAUGAUGUAUAUUUACAAUCAUCAUUACAUAGAACAAUUAGAAAUUCUAUUGUUUAUCCAACAAAUACGAACUCAUAUUUAUCACCAAUAUAUGAUCUUAGUUAUUAUGAUGAUCAAUAUCAAAAUCAACAAAGAAAUAUGAAAUUCUAA